ACUUACUAUAAAUUACCUUCUCCCCCGACCCCCCACGAGUCCUCAACUUCUCCAAUUUAAUAUUACCAAAUUAUUAUUACUUCCAUUCUGCUCUCAAAUUUCAGCGUCCAUCUUAAGCUAAUUAAUUCUCUUGCAAAUUCAAUCAGGAUUUUUGUGUAGAGGUAUUUGUGGUUAGAUCUUUGUUUGGCUGUUGGAGAAUCAAGAAUGUCUCGCGGGAACCAGAGAGACAGAGAUCGUGAAAGGGCACAAGCCAGAGGAAACCACAAGGCCAAGAAUCCUAAAAAUGAUGGAUUAACCCCUGAACAACGACGAGAAAGGGACGCGAAAGCCCUUCAAGAAAAGGCGAAAAAGAAAGCAGCACAGGUGGCUGGUGGAGGGAGUAUCGACAAAUUGGAAAGUUAUAACAUCAAGAAGAAAUAAUUGGGAAGUGGUUUAAUCUAGAUUAGGUAAAGGGGGAAUCUUGUGUGUGAAUCUGGCAUUAGUUGUUGAUUCUUGAGGUCAUUGUUCAUCGUGUCGUUUCAAGUUCUGAAACUUUUUAUUCUCAGUAAUUCUUGUGUCUGGCAUGUAUGUUUGGCAUUUGUACCUUUAACUUGUGUCUUGAUCUGCAAUAAAAUUUCCUCUUGUGAUUAGUCUUA